ACUUCUUCAGUUUUGACGUUUGCAAAAACAACCUGCAGAAAAUAAAUUGUCGAGCGGCGACCUUUGAGUCUGGCUAGUUAGAGCCCUAGGAGGCAGUUCCUCAGCCCGGGGUGGCAAUUGGCUGCGCGUGCACUCACUGCGACUCCCCUCUUGUCUCUCUCGAUCCAUUUCCUAUCACGCGUUCUGUAAAAUUGCCUACACACACGCGCACGAUGUGGUUUGCGUGUGUAUGCGUGCACCGGAACCCAAAGUCCGUCGGUGGCGUCGGCAAAUUUGAAGAUUAACGAGGUUAUCCUCCAUUCGACCCGCGGAGAGAGAGAGAGAGGACCAGAAAGCACAGACUGCUGCGCCGACCUGCUUGCGUGUCGAGGCGGAAAGAGAGCUUGGCUCUGGCCAGCUGCGUUGUUGGACUUGAUCGAAUUGGACUCAGCGAAGAGCAGUAGGACUAUAUAAAGACAGGAGGGGAAAUAUGAGCGAUAAACGGAUGUCGCGGUGGUAUUUUGGGGGGCUCGCCUCCUGUGGGGCUGCCUGCUGCACCCAUCCUCUGGACCUCAUCAAAGUCCACCUGCAGACCCAGCAGAAGGGGAAGAUGGGGAUGGUGAGCAUGGCCAUGCAGGUAGUGAAGAACGAUGGAGCUCUGGCUCUGUACAACGGACUCAGCGCAUCACUCUGCAGACAGAUGUCCUAUUCUCUAACUAGGUUUGCUAUCUAUGAGACAGUCAGAGACAUGUUGAGCAGCAGUAACCAGGGGCCCAUGCCUUUCUACCAGAAGGUGCUGCUGGGGGCCUUCGGAGGUUUUACUGGCGGGUUCAUUGGUACUCCUGCAGACAUGGUGAACGUCAGGAUGCAGAAUGAUGUUAAACUUCCCCCAGAGCUGAGGAGAAACUACAAACAUGCUGUGGACGGUCUCUUCAGGGUCUUCAGAGAAGAGGGGGUGAGGAAGUUGUUCUCAGGAGCCACCAUGGCCUCCAGCAGAGGAGCUCUGGUCACAGUGGGACAGUUGGCAUGUUAUGACCAGGCUAAACAGCUGGUGCUGUCUUCAGGCUUCAUGGGCGAUAACAUCCUCACACACUUCCUGUCUAGCUUCAUCGCUGGAGGAUGUGCUACGUUCCUGUGUCAGCCUCUAGAUGUGAUGAAGACCAGGUUGAUGAACUCUAAAGGAGAAUACUCAGGUGUGAUACACUGUCUGAGAGUGACGGCUAAAGAGGGACCCAUGGCCUUCUACAAGGGUCUUGUUCCUGCAGGGAUCCGUCUGAUUCCUCACACGGUGCUCACCUUCAUCUUCCUAGAGCAGCUCAAGAACAACUUCGGCAUCGUCAUCAUCUCCUGAGCACGCUCCAUGACCUACGACCUUUACCCUCUAACCCCUGUCCCCUGCAAACGUCAACCAAUCCCCUGUCACUGCCACAGUGCCACCCCACCCCCCCAUGGCCCUGAGCUGUCCAAUCACACAGAGAGGUGGUUGUAGGGAUGGAACGUCUGCUAUGCUAUCCUACCCAGCCCUCUUUCACCUGCUCUGGAAAUCAACCAAUCCCCUGUCACUGCCACGGUGCCACACCCCCCCCAUGGCCCUGAGCUGUCCAAUCACACAGAGAGGUGGUUGUAGGGAUGGAACGUCUGCUAUGCUCUCCUACCCAGCCCUCUUUCACCUGCUCUGGAAAUCAACCAAUCCCGUGUCACUGCCACGGUGCCACACCCCCCCAUGGCCCUGAGCUGUCCAAUCACACAGAGAGGUGGUUGUAGGGAUGGAAUGUCUGCUAUGCUCUCCUACCCAGCCCUCUUUCACCUGCUCUGGAAAUCAACCAAUCACCCGGGGAAAAGACUAUGAAGGAACUGCCUACACCUGCACCAUCACAGCCUUGUCCACAGGAAGAGUUGUCAUAGCAACGCCAGUCAAACCUUGCUGUGACAUCAUCUUCAUGUCUCUGUCAUCAUCAAUAGUGCCAUUCUCAAUGGGGGCUGCGCCUCAAAUCAUACACUAUUCCCUAUGUAGUGCAUUACUUAUGACCCUUAAUCUGUAGUGCACUUAACAUGUAGCUCUGGUCAGAAGUAGUACACUACGUAGGGAACAUAGUGCCACCUGAGUUCACUCCCUAAACAGUGUUAAUGUGUUUAUACUGUAGCCUUCCACCAUCAUCAUCAUCAUGUAUCACCCAAACCUGUUCCAUUACACACCACACCAGUCCUCAUCUAUUACUGGCAGUGUACUAGCUGUAGUAGUAUGUAUUACUAGCAGUGUACUAGUUGUAGUAGUAUGUAUUACUAGCAGAGUACUAGUUGUAGUAGUAUGUAUUACUAGUUAUAGUAGUAUGUAUUACUAGCAGUGUACUAGUUGUAGUAGUAUGUAUUACUGGCAGUGUACUAGCUGUAGUAGUAUGUAUUACUAGCAGUGUACUAGUUGUAGUAGUAUGUAUUACUAGCAGAGUACUAGUUGUAGUAGUAUGUAUUACUAGUUAUAGUAGUAUGUAUUACUAGCAGUGUUGUAGUAGUAUGUAUUACUAGCAGUGUACUAGUUAUAGUAGUAUGUAUUACUAGUUAUAGUAGUAUGUAUUACUAGUUAUAGUAGUAUGUAUUACUAGCAGCGUAGUAGUAUGUAUUACUAGCAGCGUAGUAGUAUGUAUUACUAGCAGCGUAGUAGUAUGUAUUACUAGCAGCGUAGUAGUAUGUAUUACUAGCAGCGUAGUAGUAUGUAUUACUAGCAGCGUAGUAGUAUGUAUUACUAGCAGCUUAGUAGUGUGUAUUACUAUAAUGUAUUAUGUAUGACUGUAAAUCACUACCACAUUGUGGUUCUAACUGAAACCAUUUCAGAGACUGUCACAUCGGGGGGGUGACGGUGACAACGGGUCCUCUUCCUGUUCAUAACACUGUAACAGCGGCAGGUAGCCUCGCGGUUAAGAGCGUCGGGCCAGUAACCCGAAAGGUUGCCGUGUCGAAUCCCCGAGCUGACUAGGUAAUACAUCUGUUGUUGUGCCCUCGAGCAAAGAAGACACUUAACCCUAAUGGCUCUGGAUAAGAGCGUAAAUUAUUCAAAUGGUCAUGUACUGUGACAGGUCAGUGCUAUUCCUGUUCAUAAUUGAUGCUUAUUACUGUGACAGGUCAGUGCUAUUCCUGUUCAUAAGUGAUGCUUAUUACCCUAACAGGUCAGUGCUAUUCCUGUUCAUAGGUGAUGCUUAUUACUGUGACAGAUCAGUGCUAUUCCUGUUCAUAAGUGAUGCUUAUUACUGUGACAGAGCAGUGCUAUUCCUGUUCAUAAGUGAUGCUUAUUACUGUGACAGGUCAGUGCUAUUCCUGUUCAUAGGUGAUGCUUAUUACUGUGACAGGUCAGUGCUAUUCCUGUUCAUAAGUGAUGCUUAUUACUGUGACAGGUCAGUGCUAUUCCUGUUCAUAAGUGAUGCUUAUUACUGUGACAGGUCAGUGCUAUUCCUGUUCAUAGGUGAUGCUUAUUACUGUGACAGGUCAAUGCUAUUCCUGUUCAUAAGUGAUGCUUAUUACUGUGACAGGAGAUCAGUGCUAUUCCUGUUCAUAAGUGAUGCUUAUUACUGUGACAGGAGAUCAGUGCUAUUCCUGUUCAUAAGUGAUGCUUAUUACUGUGACAGGUCAGUGCUAUUCCUGUUCAUAAGUGAUGCUUAUUACUGUGACAGGUCAGUGCUAUUCCUGUUCAUAGGUGAUGCUUAUUACUGUGACAGGUCAAUGCUAUUCCUGUUCAUAAGUGAUGCUUAUUACUGUGACAGGAGAUCAGUGCUAUUCCUGUUCAUAAGUGAUGCUUAUUACUGUGACAGGAGAUCAGUGCUAUUCCUGUUCAUAAGUGAUGCUUAUUACUGUGACAGGUCAGUGCUAUUCCUGUUCAUAGGUGAUGCUUAUUACUGUGACAGGAGAUCAGUGCUAUUCCUGUUCAUAAGUGAUGCCUAUUACUAUAACAGGAGGUCAGUGCUAUAACUAGAAUCGUAUGAAUCUCACGUCAUCAUCAUCUCGGAGACAUCUGUGAGUGGCAUUGGGUGACAUAGGGUCCUAUUCCUGCCUUUAAGGGAUGCUGCAUAACAUGUUAAUGCCAUAACCCCAUGGCUAUAAAGCCAUCACAUGCUUACAGACAAAGGUACUACACAGAAGAAGUUGCCCCUAGGCACUGAUUCUGGGUCAGACAUUAGUUGCAUCCCCCUACCAGUUAAAAUUACUGUUGGGGCUAGGUGAUCUGAUCCUAGAUCUGUGGUUAGGGACAACGGUAGAAAUUCCCACCAAGGACAAUGUGACGAGGAGAUAUAACUGGACAGAGAUGAGAGACGUAUAGUGAAUAGGUUGUACCCAGGAGAUCAAUCAGAGAUACUGUGAGUUAGAGAGAGAUACUGUUUACUGGGACCUAGAUGAAACUGCUGUCUUUAAGGCACUUUAUUAAACACACACACACACAGGUGCACUCAAACACACACACACACACACACACACAGGUGCACUCAAACACACACACACAGGUGCACUCAAACACACACACACAGGUGCACUCAAACACACACACAUAGGUGCACUCAAACACACACACACACACAUAGGUGCACUCAAACACACACACACACACACACACACACACACACAUAGGUGCACUCAAACACACACACACACACAUAGGUGCACUCAUCUAAGACAAACAGACAAACCCUACAGGUAACUUUAAGCAGUUAUCUGUAUGUAAAUAGGGCCGUUUGGGGGACACACCCCCACAUUGAGUUCCAGUGAGUCAGGAUGCCUUUCCCUCUGUGGCCUCCAGGGGGCAGCAUGGUACUGUGUGUGUUUGGGAGACUGGUCAUUAUGAAUGAGUAACAUGAUUAUUAACAGACACUUAAUGUCUCUGUGUGACUGAGAGAGAGGAUUCAUUCAUAAACCCUACUGUGAGGUUGUGUGCGUGUGCUUGUGAGUGUGUGUUUCAGUUCAUUGUUUGACUGUAUUUGAUGGGCCAUUAUUAAAGAGUGGUAUUAGGAACCACCCCUUGUACACAUGCACACACACACACACACACAAUCUCUAGGAAUGGAAAUGAGAUUGUAGGACCCAGCUCUGUGCGGCUGUACAUGUAUGGGUCUGUAUUUUGUAGAUUGUUUUUUGAAUUAAAAUACUAAUAAUUAAUAACUGU